GCAGUGGCCCGGCCAAAGCCAGACAGAGCGUCUUCACCCAAUGGAAGCAAUUCAGCAGUCUUUCCGGCCCAGAUCCAGGUUGGAGGCUCUUUGCGCCCUGUUGAUAAAAUUGAUAGUGACAGACAUGGCUAUGUGUCUCCUCAGAAAGGCCAUGCAGGGUUUUCUCACUCAGGCGGAUACUUCUCACCAAAUGGUUCACCGCCGAUGUCGCCACAGGUUCCAGUCAACUUCAGUAUGGUGUGCCCACCAUCGCCGCCCGUUUCCUUGGAACAAAAUCCACCCAUCCAAUUUGCCAAGAGCGCCCAAGCCGUCCCAACGAAACCAAUUCUAGGGCGGAGAUAUGUCCCACAAGAUUUCAACCAACAGCACUUGGAAUCAAAGAGCCGACCAUGGUGCGCGCUACCACCCAGCUGA